AUGACAGCGUUCACUGAUGAUGGAGAAAGGGCAAAUGGCUCACCUCUGAGUGGAUCCUACGUUGGAGUAACUACUCCUGAAGUAUCAGAUGAAGAAAAUCUUGGACCAGGAAAUGAUUUGCAAAUUCCUAUCGCCAUCUGUGGGAUUUCCGUACGUCUGCCCGGAGGCAUACACUCCCCACAACAGCUUUGGGACUUCUUGGUUUCCAAGGGUGAUGCCCGUGGUCUAGUACCCAAGUCCAGGUAUAACAUCUCCGCGCAUUACUCUGAGAGGCCGAAGCCGGGCACCGUGAGAACUGAGUAUGGAUACUUCCUCGAUGAGAGUGUCGACAUCUCUACCGUCGAUACAUCUUUCUUCAAUAUGAGCAAAGCCGAAGUUGAGCGGACAGACCCGCAGCAACGGCAAAUGCUGGAAGUUGCCAGAGAAUGCAUGGAAGAUGCUGGCGAAACUGAUUGGAGCGGAAGGCCAAUUGGGUGCUACAUGGGAAGCUUUGGCGAAGACUGGGUUGAGCUAUUUGCGAAAGACGACCAGCAAUAUGGGCUCAUGACCACCCGUACUGGUUGCUCUGCUUCUCUUGUUGCACUGAACGAAGCGUGUAUGGCAGUCUCACGCGGGGACUGCGAGGGAGCCAUUGUUGGCGGUGCCAACUUGAUACUGGGCCCAGGAAUGAGCGCGGUCAUGUCAGAGCAAGGUGUUCUCUCUCCGGAUGGCUCUUGUAAAACCUUCUCUGCCGAUGCCAAUGGGUAUGCGCGCGGAGAGGCAGUUUCUGCCGUUUUCAUCAAGCCCCUGUCUCAUGCCAUCCGUGAUGGCAAUCCGGUCCGAGCCGUCAUCCGGGGUACGGCAGCUAACAGUGAUGGAAAGGGCACUGCCGCCAGCAUCAAUGUUCCCAAUGAUGUUGCCCAAGAAGCUCUGAUUCGGCGCACAUACGAAGUGGCGGGGAUCACCGACUUCUCGGAGACUGCGUUCGUCGAAUGUCACGGUACGGGGACAUCAACUGGAGAUCCAAUUGAAGCGAGAGCUGUUGGACGUGUUUUUGGACCCUCUGGCGGCAUUCAAAUUGGGUCGGUGAAGCCGAAUCUUGGUCACUCCGAGGGUGCCUCAGGCCUCACAUCACUGAUCAAAUCCGUACUGGCCUUGGAAAAUCGCAUUAUUCCCCCGAACAUCAAAUUCAACGAGCCAAAUCCCAGCAUUCCAUGGGCUCUCAAUGGACUCUCAGUACCCACCGAGUCAACACCGUGGCCGGAGGAACGGAAGGAGCGUAUCAGUAUAAACUCCUUCGGGAUUGGAGGCUCCAAUGCUCACGUUAUUCUUGAUUCUGCUCUCAGUCACGGAGUCUCCUCGCCCCCCAAGCGAUCAUCUACAUCACCAGAACUGCUUGUCUACUCAGCCAACACGGAGCAAUCACUGAACGAGAUGGUUGCUAUCUAUAAAGCUUGGAUACGAAAGAACCCAGGCAGAAUUAGUGACCUGGCUUUCACUCUGGGUAACAAGAGAGAGCAUUUAACUCAUCGGACCUUUUCUGUGGCAAGCCUCAUAGGUCCCCUCACAACCUCACAGCCCUCAAAAUGCAGAGAGACACCCAACAUUGUUAUGGUAUUCACCGGCCAGGGCGCUCAGUGGCCACAAAUGGGGCGAUGUUUCUUCCAAACCGACUCAUAUGCGAGCUUCAAAAAGAGAAUCCAAUCGCUCGACGCGCAUUUACAAACCCUCAGCCAGGCUCCAAAGUGGACCAUCGAAGAAGAGCUGCAAAAGCCAGCAGAGACGAGCAGACUUAGUUCGGCCGAACUAUCCCAGCCUCUUUGCACGGCCAUCCAAAUUGCCCUAGUUGAUGAAUUUGCCGCAGUUGGAGUUCGUCCUACUGCUGUCGUGGGCCACUCUAGUGGAGAGAUUGCUGCGGCAUAUGCCACCGGGGCCAUCUCAGCAUAUGAGGCUAUCACAAUUGCGUUUUACCGUGGUCAGGUCACAAAGCUGCAAUCGAAGAGUGGGGCGAUGGUGGCCAUCGGCAUGGGUGUUGAGGACGUGGAGAAGUAUCUCGAGCCAGGUGUGGUUGUUGCUUGUCAAAACUCGCCGAAGAGUAUAACACUCGCCGGUGACGGAGAAGCCGUCGGGCUUGUUGCCUACAGGAUCAAAGAGACGGACUCUGAUGCUUUAGUGAGACUGCUCAAGGUCGACAAGGCAUAUCACUCUCACCACAUGGUUGAGAUUGGGGAGGAUUAUCACGCUUUAAUCGAAGGCGAAGUGUCUCCCAAGUCUCCCAAGAGGUUAUUCUUCAGCAGCGUUACGGGGAAGCAGCUUCAACCAGACUGGGACUUAGGCGCCAAAUACUGGCAAAGAAACCUUGAGUCGCCAGUCCUGUUUCACCAAGCUAUAUCCUCAAUUAUGCAGCAUGAAAUUGGGAAUAAUAUGGUAUUCCUGGAAGUUGGGCCUCACUCGGCCAUGGCCGGCCCCCUCCGACAAAUUCAGACUCAGCAUUCAAACUCUUCUCCCUAUGUCUCGGCACUUACGCGGAACCAAAACGACGUGGAAUCAUUCUUGACCGCGAUUGGAGCCCUACAUAGUCUCAAUGUUCCCGUGAAACUAAGCAAAGUCAUAAAUCGGGGCUCCACUUUGCCAGAUCUUCCUCGAUACCCAUGGGAUCACUCGCAGAAGUUCUGGUAUGAAUCUCGACUGAGCAAGGAGUGGAGACAGCGAGAACACGCACACCAUGAUCUCCUGGGUGUUCGAGUCAAAGAAAGUCUAGAUUUCAACGUGCUUUUCCGAAGCAUCUUUCAUUUGGACAACGCCCCGUGGAUCCGUGACCACAAAGUUGGCCAAGACAUCGUCUUUCCCUUUGCCGCGUACGCUGGCAUGAUUGGUGAAGCUAUUAGACAAGUGACUGGAGUCAACGAGGCGUUCAUUUUGCGUAAAGUCAUCAUUAGCACCGCUCUGGUGAUAAAUGAAGGCCACCCAGUCGAGAUUGUGACUUCGCUUCGUCGCCAUCAGUUGACAGACUCACUCGGAAGUGAGUGGUGGGGGUUUGACAUUGCAUCCCACAACGGAACUACUUGGAGCAAGCACUGCUCGGGAGAGGUUAAAGCCCAUGACAAGGAUUUGGGUCAUGCAAAGAAGAGCAGCCGACUCGUGCGAAAGGUCAGUACGCGCCGUUGUUACGAGUCAAUGGGCAAGUUGGGUCUCAACUUUGGCCCCAAAUUUCGGCGGCUUGGUGAUGUUCGCUCGGACACGAUUGCAACAAAUGCGACGUCUGAGGUUGUUGCAACAGAGGAAGAUGACAAGGACUAUCACAUGCACCCGACUAUGAUUGAUUCCUCAUUGCAGCUGCUCAGCGUGGCCGCGUCCAAGGGCUAUGCCGAUUCCAGAAACAAGAUGUUGAUUCCCACCAACAUUGGAGAGAUGUGCAUCUACCGUUGCUCUGAGACUGUUCAGGUCCGAGCCUCCGCAUCCUACAGCCAGAACGGCUCGAUUGUUGGUGGCGCAGAGUGUGUUGCAGCUAAUGGUAAGAUCUAUUUGCGCAGCUCCGGAGUCAAACUCUCCGUCCUCGACAAUCAGGAGUCCGAGCAAAAAGGCGAAGCAACGGCACGCGCAGAAUGGGCCCCUGAUAUCGAUUUCUUGGAUCCCCAAACGUUGAUUCGGCCGUCCAUGGACCGCAGCAUUCACAUGCCGAUAUUGGAUGAGCUAGCUCAGUUGUGUAUGAUUCAUACCAGCAGAGUCAUUACCGGAUCAAAGACUUCAAUUGAGCACAUGGACAAGUACAGAUCAUGGAUCGAUCGCCAGUGCCAGGCGGCUGAGAUCCAACGUCUUGACCAUCUUGACAACGCGACAAUUGAUAUGCGUGUGAACUCCAUAGUCCAAAAGCUGUCUCAGACUCCAGCUGCUGAUGCUGCGGUGGGAAUCUGGAAAGUCUACAGCAACAUGGAGAAUAUUUUCACUGGUGACAUGGACAUUCUGAGUGUGCUUCUGGCGGAUGACACAUUGGCCAACCUUUAUAUAUACGCCGAUCAGUGUGAUGAGUCUCUGUUCUUCAAACACCUUACCCACAGCAAGCCCAAUUUGCGGGUGCUCGAGAUCGGCGCUGGAACAGGUGGCUCGACUGCCCAGGUUCUGGAACUAUUGACUCGGGGUGGAGACCCUUUGUACUCGAAGUACACCUUCAGUGAUAUCUCACCCGGAUUCUUCAUCGCUGCCAGAGAGCGUUUCAGCUCUUAUUCGAAUAUCGAAUACCUCCCUCUUGACAUCAGCAAAGAUCUAUCGGAGCAGGGCUUCGAUGGCCAACGAUACGACCUCAUUCUAGCGACCAAUGUUAUCCACGCCACCAAAUCCCUCAAUGAGACUUUGUGCAAUGUUCACAAGCUACUCGCCCCUAACGGGCGUCUUUUGCUUCAUGAACUCACGCCAGAUUCAAAGUGGAUCAACUAUGUGUGGGGAACCCUCGCCGGAUGGUGGUACGGCGAAGCUGAUGGUCGAAGUGACCAGCCAUACAUCAGCGUGGAAAGGUGGACGAAGGAGCUGGUGGCUGCUGGAUUCUGCGCUCCUGAGGCUGCCGUCCCUGAUUCCGCCGCGCCGCAUCAGCUAAACACCAUGAUUCUGGCUAGACCGGAUACCGAGAAAGUUCGAAACAAGAAAGUCACUGUUCUUACCCUUAGCGAGUCCACCAACUUGAGCCCUGUUUGUGAAGGCUUAGAAAACAGAGGAUUCGCACUUGACCGUCGGAGGCUGCAGGAAUCAUUGCCAGCCGGCCAAGACGUGAUUGCUUUGCUUGAUGAUGAUGGACCAUUCUUUGAAAAGAUGGACGAGCAGUUGUUUGAGUCUUUCAAGGAUCUGGUGGAUAAACUGAAGGGGUGUGGCAUUAUGUGGGUGACUGGUCUCUCGCAACUCGAAUGCCAGGACCCACGAUUUGGCCAAAUCAACGGCAUUGCUAGGGCCAUGAGAUCUGAAAUGCUAAUCGAUUUUGCCACUUGCGAAGUUGAUGACAUCGGCUUGUCGACGAAUAGAAUCAUUGACGUGUUUGAGAAGUUCCAGAGUCGCGAAGAAGACGAAAUUCUCAAGCCCGAAUUCGAAUACGCCAUUCUGAAUAAUACUGUCCACAUCGGACGCAUCCACCCAUUCUCAAUCGAAGAGGUUCCAAUGGUGGAUACAGAUGGAAGCAUUUCUCUCCGAACCAGCAGUCCUGGUAGGCUCAGUGCCCUACACUGGGAAGGCCACGAUCUUGAACCGCCAGAAGAUGACCACGUGGAGGUCGAAAUCCAUGCCACUGGUUUGAACUUCAGAGACGUCUUGGUCUCUAUGGGUAUUGUUGAGAGCAAUGAAAAUGGGUUUGGUCUUGAGGCAUCCGGCAUUGUUCGACGUAUCGGUGCAAAUGUGAAAUCUCUCAAGGCUGGACACCGCGUUAUGCUCAUAUCCAAUUGCACAUUUGCUACACGUCUGAUUGUAUCUGAGAAUCUUUGUGAAGAAAUUCCGGGCGGCUUGAGCUUCGAAGAUGCGGCCACCAUGCCUUGCGUAUAUGCCACAUCCAUCUACUCCAUCUUUACUGUUGGCAAUCUGAAAAAGGGUCAAUCCAUUCUUAUCCACAGCGCAUGUGGUGGUGUGGGUCUUGCUACCAUCCAGCUUGCCCAGAUGGCUGGGGCCGAGAUUUAUGCAACUGUCGGCAAUGACGAGAAAGUCAAAUUCCUCAUGGAAACAUUUCAUUUGCCUCGUGACAGGAUUUUCAACUCUCGGAAUGACUCCUUCGUGGAAGACAUCAUGCGAGAGACUAAUAACGGGGGUGUUGACUUGGCUUUGAACUCACUCUCUGGCGAGUUGUUGCAUGCUACUUGGAAGUGCAUUGCACCAUUUGGCAAAAUGGUCGAAAUUGGCAAAAGAGACUUGAUGGGCUCUGGAAAGCUUGAUAUGAGUCCCUUCUUGGCCAAUCGAAGUUACUGCUGCGUCGAUUUGGAUCAGAUCUGUCUGUGGAAGCCGUCCAUUGCGAAAGAGUUGCUCAAAGAGAUCGUGAAACUACUCAGAGAUCGCCACAUUGACCCAAUUCGACCCAUCAAGACAUUUGGCUCCGAUAAUAUCGGAGACGCCUUUCGAUACAUGCAGCAAGGUGUUCACCUAGGCAAGAUUGUCGUGUCAAUGCGCGAUUCGGCGGGCCAGGUGAAUCUGCGCGGAGGUGUGAUACAGCAAAAAAGAGCCACUGAAUUCGACAAGUCGGGGGUUUACUUGCUCGUCGGUGGUCUAGGAGGCCUAGGUCGCUCUGUCUCCACGUGGAUGGUAGAAAGAGGCGCCCGUCAUCUCAUUUACAUCUCCCGCAGUGCAGGUGCGACCGAAGAGCACUCUGGCUUUUUCCAGGAGCUUGCUAGUAUGGGAUGUCGCGCCGACUUUGUGCAAGGAAGUGUCCUGAACCUCGAUGAUGUUACCAGGGCUAUGCAAUUGGCCCAUGGCCGCCUCAAGGGAAUCUUGCAGAUGUCCAUGGUUCUUCGUGACAAUAGCUUCCCACGCAUGACAAAAGAUGAUUGGGACACGGCAGUUGAUCCCAAGGUGAAGGGAACGUGGAACCUUCACAACGCCUCCAUGUCUCUCCAGGCGGACCUCGACUUUUUUGUGUUAUUCAGUUCCCUUUCUGGUAUCAUUGGACAGCCUGGCCAGACCAAUUAUGCGGGUGCCAAUACCUUCAUGGAUGCCUUUGCGCAAUACCGGUUGAACAUGGGGCUUCCGGCCUGUGCCAUCCAGAUCGGUGCAGUCGAGGAAGUGGGCUAUGUAGCCGAGAACGAGUCGGUGAUGGGUCGCUUUACCCAAACCGGUGGGUCGGGGAGCGCGGUCACAGAACAGGAGCUUCUAAGAGCCGUUGAAGCAGCCAUGAAAUCGACGUCGGGAAACUUUUAUGUUGGAGUUCGUUCAAAUAUGUGUCUGAACAAUACUGCGGAGCGCUCGCUCUGGAAGGGAGACAUUCGAAUGGCGGCCUUCCACAAUGGUGAAGAUGCGGAGCCCGCAGCAGGAAUAACCUCCAGCAGCAGCCUACAGACCUUCAUUCUCAAGGCGAAGGGCGACGCUGCCUCACUGAGCCGGGCGGAGUCGGCUCAUUUCCUCGCCCGGGAGAUUGGGAAAAAGGUAUUCAGUUUCUUGUUGAAGCCAGAGGAGGACUUGAAGACAUCAAGCUCUCUGUCUGACCUGGGAAUGGAUUCCCUUGUGGCUAUUGAGUUGAGACAGUGGUGGAAGUCGGUCUUCGGAUUUGAUACAAGUGUUCUCGAAUUGAUGGGCAUGGGCACCCUGGAUGAUCUUGGAGCGCACGCCGCUAGUGGGAUGCUCAGCUUGUUUCACGGAAGCAGCGCGUGA